AUGCGAGACAAUUGGCAAUUGGCCACGGUUCUCCAGUUUGUCUCUACCUUCUCUGGCGUCUACGAGUUCCCGGUUACUCAGGUCGACGUCAUUGAAGACGACCUAUCCGGCAAAAACGAUCCGCUCGUGCAACUACCGGACCUCGCGCGUAGUCUGGCUGACGCAGCCGGCGUAGCGUCCCAUAUCGGCAACCUGGAGGCAUGGCUGGCCCAGGACUCGGCUACGAAGAUUGCAGAUCUUUACGAGAUGGUCCUCAAUCUGCUCUCAGCAGCGAAGUGCCGAGAUGCCCUGGAAUCGGGAGAAGCAGAAGCCCGCAUCUUGCCUAUAGGCACUGCAGGGACCGGAAAACGCCCGCGCAUCUUCUAUCUUUUAGAUGAUAAUCGUAUUUACACGGUGAGCGGCAAACGAUGGAAAUGUGCUGCAUGGGAUGUCGAAUCUUGGCAUGCACUCAUUCGAGAGCUCGAGGCAGCCAAGCCCGCCAAAAACAAACCACUUCGCGACCUGCUUGCUUAUCUCAGGCCAGUCCUGCCAAUUGUUGAAAAAUACCAUCGGGGGCUUGCAACCGAUAGCCGCCGGCGCGCAAAACACCGGCGGAUUGCGAUCCAAGUCGAAAACCGGAAGCGUUCGUCACGGCUGCUCGAGGCCCAACAGGUCGAGGAGCGCAGGACGGAGGCGGCUGCAGUCAAGGCCAAGGUGGAGGAAGAGCGACUCCGCCGGCAGGCUGAACAAGACAAAAGAACCGCCCUUGAAGACGAACUCAAUGCUCUGCGCCAGCUCCUCCUCGAACAUGAGGGUAGGGUAACCCGGCUUUACGAACAGCGUGCAGCUCGAUUCGUGGAGAUCGCCACAGAUCUUGGCCUGAAUGAAACCCCCCCUGAACGUCCCACAGAGGAGAUGCUCGAUGUUGACUUUGUGAGCACGCUAAAAAUUUGA